AUGAACUUCGUGACGUUCAACCAGGACCACAGCCACCUCGGCGUGGGUACCAGCAACGGCUAUCGGGUAUACACCACGGACCCGUUCAACAAGCAGUCCGAGUCGCGCGAAGGAGAUGUAUCCAGCCUGGAAAUGCUCUUUUCCACCUCCUUGGUCGCUCUCACUCUGUCACCGCGCGUACUUCGGAUUCAGAACACCAAGGGAAAGAGGCACUCCACAAUAUGCGAAAUGACCUUCCGCACGGCGAUUCUGGCCAUGCGGUUGAACAGGAAGCGACUGGUGGUGGUGCUGGAGUCGGAGCUUUACAUCUACGACAUCAGCAACAUGCAGAUGCUCAGGACUGAGAAGACAUCGCCCAACCCGAAUGCGAUAUGCGCCCUUUCCGCCUCAUCCGAGAACAACUACCUCAUCUACCCUCUCCCCACCAAAGCCGCGCCCGCUACCUUCCAGCCUCCGUCCCACGCGCCGCCCAAGUCGGAUCACAUAGCGCCGACAAGCGGAGAAAUCUUGAUAUACGAUGCGACCAAGAUGGAGGCAGUCAAUGUGAUAGAAGCACACAACUCUCCCCUAUCUUGCAUAGCGCUGAACAACGAUGGCACUCUGUUGGCGACGGCUUCAGAGAAAGGCACCAUCAUCCGUGUCUUCUCGAUUCCGGACGCGCAGAAGCUGUACCAGUUCAGGAGAGGAUCCAUACCAGCAAGGAUAUUCAGCAUGUCCUUCAACUCGACGUCGACUCUACUCAGCGUUUCUUCAGCGACUGAGACUGUGCACAUAUUCCGUCUUGGAGCGCCCAACACAAGCCGCAGCAACAGCAUUUCCUCUGGGCCUACAACAUUGCUCUCUACGUCGCAUCAGCGCAGUAGUAGUCGAACGAGCGAAGAUAUAUCCGACGAAUUUGGAAGUAGCACAGCGGAUAUGGCAGCUUCGGAGCGCAAACCACUCAACCCGACUUUCGCAAGCAUGAUACGGCGGACCUCUCAAACAGUCGGCAAAUCAUUCGCGGCAACUGUGGGAGGAUAUCUUCCAAGUGCCGUUGCCGAGAUAUGGGAACCAUCGCGCGACUUUGCCUGGGUAAAGGUACCGCGCUCGCCAAACGCGGCGUCAGCUGGACCUGUUCGGACCGUGGUCGCACUGAGCAACAACGGACCACAGAUCAUGGUGGUGACCAGUGAAGGGAACUACUACGUGUUCAAUGUUGACCUGGAAAAGGGUGGCGAGGGUACGCUCUACAAGCAAUACUCGUAA